UCAUUGUUUCAUAACUGAAGCUGAGUACGAGUAUCAUUUCCUCCAGUUAUUAUCAUUCUUGUUCUUCUCAACUCAUUUCGGAUUCGAUCUCUAGUUGUCAACAGUGUAGUAUCGUUUAUAACAAAAUCAAAAACCAUUUCAGACAGCUGCCAUCAGUACCAGAAAUUAAGCAACUUUCUUCCUCCUUGCAAAAAACAAUGGGUCAGUCACACGUCGUUUUUGUGAUUUUGCUCAAGCAGCAAAUUGCUGCGUAAAUAUCUAUGGAAAUGCCGAUAUCUUUUGGCUCAACUGCUCCCUCCCGGAGCAGAAAAGAUGCUAUUACCAAGUCUACAGCCAGUGCCAGCACUUCCUCGACUAUCGUGACGUCUGCAAGACCGACACAACGUGGGCGCGCAGCCUCAGCUUCCUCAUGCAGCCCGGUCCGCCGUACUGCGUCCCCCAAUAGCUUUUACCGUCGUGGUGUUGUAAUUGAUUCUUCAUCUUCUGGAGCAGGUGUGUGUCGAAAUCGGGCUCAAGAAAGUGCCAGACCAUUGACGAAGCCGCGACAUUCCAGCUCCCCGAGUCAGAGUCGCGUUUCGUUUCUGUCGUCUCGUUCCUCACAUCAACAAGGCGCUGCAGGUGUUCGUAAGCAUAGAAGUACGUCAAAGAGCGUUGAAAAAAUGGAUGGCAAGAGCAAGGGUUGUGUUGUAUUCGGUUAUAAUUCACUUGCUGGUGCCUGUGCCAGCACGACGUUAUCUUCUGAGGGAAACUCUAAUUACUCGGGAUUCUUCGGAAUGGGGGACAUAACCGCGAGCACAAUGGCACCACCUGCAGCCUCUACCUCGUUCCUAACAACCGCAACGACUUCUUCUCCUGAGGAGCCAUCCUCUAUUGCGAUGCUGACCAGUGAAGAGUUUUCCCCUCUCAAAGAGAUCAUUGACACGUUCAAUAAAGAGCUGGAGAAUUGUUCUCAGCCGACAACGACAUUGACCGCGGCGGACCAGGAGGAGGAAGCACAUGUCGAGGCAGAGCUCCCAUCAUUCUCUUCGUUGUAUCAGUCUGGAUCAUCCGGUGUUGGCAAAACGAAGACCAGUAACACCACUGAUGUGAACGUUCGGCAUCGGGACCAAGAGCAACUUGAGCGUGACCUGUUACGUGACCGCAAAACUUUGGAGCUCGAAUGCCAGAAGCACAUUACGAAUGCGCUCUCGCGUGAGCGCAAGCGCCUCGCAGAACGUGAAGCCGAGUGGAGCAAGCAGAUUCAAGAACUGCUCAAGGAGAACGCCCAACUCUUUAGCGAUCUCGAGACGUGCAAAGGCAGCAAUCGCAGACUUGAGGACGACCUGAAACGCACGAAGUUGGAGCUUCAAGAACUACUCACAUCCUCUUGUUCAGCUCAAGCACCAGGUCAAGUAGGAAGUCAACAUCAGAGUGAAGUCGCCUCACCGAACACUGCUUCUCAAGUUGCCCAAAGUAACAACAUUUUAGCCCUCCCACGGCUCACGGAACGUCUGCGUCGCGAGCAGCAGGAAGCGCGCAAAGAAUUGGACAUGUGUCGAGAGAAAUUGGAUGCGGCACUCGCUGACUUGCGGACAGCGUACCACCAAUCUGCCAAAGAGCGCAAUGUCUUCGAACACGAGCGUCUUCUCUUCGCCGAUAAGAUUCGGGAGUCUGAGGAGGCAGUCGCGUCCUUGAAGGCCCAGGUGGAAAAUUCCGGAAAAUUGGCAGGAGAAUUGCAGCUAACAGCAGCGAAGCACGAGCGCGAUGCUGUGACGGCAACAGAGCGCGCGAAAGAAAUGGAGAAGAAACUGGAAGAAAUGACGCGAAACUUACAGAUGGAAGAAAGCUCCCGUCUGGCAUUGGAGAAAGCAGCGACACAACUGAAGUUGUCUGCACUGCGCGAGACUGACUUCCUAUGCUCGGAGCUGAAGCGCGUUCACGGAGAUAAUGUUGAACUGAAGAACGUUUUAUGCGAACAAGCACGCAUUCUGGACUGGACAAGGGUGCGCAACGUCGUUUGGAUGAAGGUAUCAAUCUAUUAUUGUGAUAUAUUGUUACUGUUAGUGUGUGGAUUAAUAGAGUAGUCAAUCUCAAUUCUUACAUGUGAUUGUUAAAGCAGCAAGUAGUACUAGACGUAGCUUUUCUAUGUAUACGCACAUACCAGUGUUGUUGAAGUUUCCCCCUCGCGAUGGAUAGGAUAUGUUGGUGGAAAGACAGCUAUUUUUAUAUCCAUUAAGGUCUCGUUUUCUUCGCAUCUUUUCGAUACCAUUACAUUUUCAUUUGGAUUUGCAAUUGGAUUCUACUAAUCUUUCUUACCAAAUCCAUUUUGAUCUCGUUUGAUUCAUUCCUAGAGAAGACCUCUUUCAUCCUGAAUUUUCUCCAUUUUUUCCACACGAACAGCAUCAUCAGAGACACUGGGAGCGAAUGUCGCAUACUCGGACGCGUAACGCAUUUGCCUGCUGGCGCAGUCUUGCCAGUGCAGAGUCGUCCUUUCGAAAGCGUGGUGCGCGUUUUGUUGCGAACCAACGUUCUAAGGCCUUCAAAACGGCACAGAAGUCAGCCUUUUCCGCCUGGCAUUCGACCGUAAGCCAACGAAAAACGCGCAAUGCUGCUGUAGACUUGAUGAGUCCGCGAACCAUGAUGGGAAGUGCAGGCACAGUCUUCAGUCCACGCACUACUACCCGGUUACGAAGCGGGCUCUCUAGAAGUAAGGCUGCAGAACCCUGGUUUUCGCAAUGGAAGCGCGUUCGUGAUGAAAGUCGUCUAGGCAGGAAGUGUGGACAUCUCGAAGCCACCUUGGAAAAAACGCGCGUCCAUGCCGACCGACGAUGUGCAAAGGCACUCCUCCAAACGUCAGUACGUGGUUGGCACCAGCGCACUCGCAGCGCACGUGCGACAAGCCGCGUUUUGGAACGACGCGUGCGGCAAGAGGAGACCACCGUGACGUCUGCCUUUAGUCAACUUGCUUUUUGUGCCUGGGACAAGCUGGCUGCGAAAGGGCAAAAAGCUGACCUCGAAGAACAACGCUGCAAGCUGGAGUCCAAGGUACAUGCGCUACAUGCUACGGGUCUCCUUCGCGGAUACGCCUUCAUCGAAAAGCGGGGAGAGACUACAAUGAUGGCUCAGGCAUUCACGGGUUGGUGGGAUGCAGUUUCUGAUAGCAAAUUGACCUACCUACGUCAUCGAGUGGUGAGCGAGAAAUUUCACGGCGGACUACGUGACACCAAGCAAGCUGUAUUGCUGCUCUGGCACGGAGUUUCGCGCUCGCGGGUCAUGCGGCGCGAGGUGUGCGAUAAGAUGUGCCGCAGUCUCGAAUUUGAUGGUACUCCUUUGAUGCAGGUCGCGUUGGCGCACUGGCGAAUCGCGACGACUGCAGUACAAAGAACAAAGGCGGAGGACACUCGCGAACAGCUUACCAAACGAUUCCUUGGUCGCGCGACGUUGCAUAGCGCGCUAGAAGCGUGGACCAAAGCUCACCAGUCGGACCGCAAAUUGACGGCGAUCGAAGUACAGAAGGACGCUGCGCGCGCGGGUCUGCACUCUGCUUUUGCGCGCACAGAAGGUGCGUUUUUGCGACGCUCUGUUCUGGCGGCUUGGCGAAACAGCGUUGAGGGCUCUGUCGAGGCGGGGAAAGUCCGUCUUGCGGUGGAGCGCACCUUGCGUCGUAUUACGCGCACAGCUGGCGUGGCCCUUGGGACGCCUUCCAUCUUUCAGAGUGUGUUCGAGCAAUCACCGACGAGCAGUGGGAAGCCUGCGCUGCUGCCACUACCCGCCUCAGCGACAGCGGAGAGAAAAGAUAAUAUCAAUACUUCUACUGUCCUCAAUGUUCUUGCAGGAGCUGAGGUUGACCCAAGAAACGUAAUGGUCGGACCCGCUGUUCCGCCUUGUGCCGAAAGUCUACCAGAGUUGCCACGUCAAACUUCGGGAAGCGCAGUUGGUGAUAUUUGCUUGCAGUAUGAAGAUCGCAUUGAUGACAUCGUUUAUGCGACGUGCGAGGCGCGGCUUUACAAGGAUCGUGUGCGUGUGGUCUAUCAGGCCUGGUGCUCAGCGACUCGCAGCACUCGGCGUGGGUACCACCAAAAGUGCCAGAUUUUUGGUGGCUGGCGGCUGGACACUCUGCGGUCGCGGUUGCAGAAGGCAGACGAGGCCAGUGGCGCGUUGGUGCAGAAGUACUUGCACUCCAUGUCGGUGAUGCUCCGCUCGGCGAGUGACCGCCAGCAUGUACAGGAUGUCGUUCACGAAUGGCGCAAACUGGCCAAAACCGAAUUGACGUCGUCUCGCAUCAAAAAGAUGCGCGAUCACCAAGCGAGCCUACUUGAAAAAACGCAACACUUUUCGCAGUCGAGCUUUCUGUUGGCUGGCACAAGUCCCGGAGUUUGGCGCCAGACGAUAUUCACCUCUUGGUCCGCGCUGGUGCACGAGACGAGGCGUGCAGCCAGCCUGCGCCAGCGCAUGUCCCGGCUCACGACGCUGCAAGCCGACAUCGCAGAUCGUGAGCGCUUGAGUGCACAGCUGUAUUUGCGGCGCGCUGCGUGGGGAGCCUGGCGUGCUACCGUUGCUCAACUCCGGGCGCAAAGGGACGCAGCGCAAAAGCUACUCAGCGUGUCUGCACAAGCAGCAUCCGCCAAGCAGACGCGCGCGAGCCGCGACUUGAUGCAAGACGUUGUCUCUAGCUGGCGCUUCGCAGUUCGCGAUGCUCAGAUUAAACAGCUCCGUCACACGAGGGAUCGCCUUUGGCCACGCGCGCUCCGUAGCUUCGAUCUUCUGCAGGCACAACAAGCUGAAGCGCUUCUGCGUGAUGUCUUCGAUCUGUGGGUCACUGAAAGCUGCGAAAAGCGCAAGCAGGAACGGCGUGAGCUCCUCACACAGCGUGCACACGACUCAGCAAUCGCACGGUUGCGCAUGGCUUUUGGCGGCUGCAAGAGCGUCUUUCUGCUCUGGGCGGAUGCUGUCGCGAUCUCGAAGCGCGAAAAAUUGGAGGCGCAACUGCAGGAGGUACGCAAUUCAGCAGCCACGCAGAAGCUCCAGAUAGCCUUUGGGCAUCUUUUGGUUACCUCAGGAGGCACAACGGGCAAUAAGGCAGUGCUCCAAAGCGUACUUCGUGCCUGGGCAGAAGCCCUGCAGCAAAAGCAGGUUGAAGCAUUGGAAUCGCGUAUGGCAGCUGAGCGCAGUGACCGUGCGUUCGCGAAAUUGAAGCAGCUUUUUGCGACAUGCCAGUCGAGUUUCGCAGCUUGCGUACUCCAGGAGUGGCGCUCCUACGCUGCAGAAGUCAGAACAGAACGCGCUGCUGAAAGUUUGCGUGCAGAGCUCACAGACGCGCGUACUGCGAGUGCACUCGCCAAGCUCCGCGCCGCGUUUGGCCCCUUUUUGGCGCAGCGCGAGCCUCAUUGCAUGGUUGGCGCCACCAUUGCAGCUUGGCGCGAAGUAGCAGUUGAGCAAAUGCGACUGGCAAAAUUGCAACGAUGUCAACUUCAACGGGAUCUCGCGGAAAAACGCUUUUUCACCUCAGCGGAGCGUGCACUGGUCGCAAAAGGGUUAACGGCUCAUCAGCGUGACAUCUUUGACGUAUGGGCGACGCAUCUGCGGCAACAAAAGAAGGAGAGACUUUCGGAAAUCGAGGCCCGACGCGCGUGUCGUGAAUCCAAGUUCAAGGCGUUUGCGGCGUGGGCACACUUGGCUCUGCGCUCUGGCCGAUUGGAAAAGCAAACGCAGAGAUUGCUUGGAAAGCUUCUUGACGAGAAGGCAAAGUCUUUACGUGCGACUUCCUGGCAGUCCCUGUUCUCGGAGUGGGCCCGAGUAACCACGGAGAGUCGCCAGUCGUGCUUACGGGAGCGCCUCCAGGAAGAAAAAGCAAAUGCCACUUGCGAUCGCCUCCGCUUGUUGUUCGGGUACGAUGAGAAGUCGCUUCUGCGUACGACGAUUGCUGGCUGGUUUCGCGUCGCGGUGCUGGAUGCCCGUGAGGAGCGGCUUGCAAGUGCGGCUGACGCGCAAAAAAUGCGCUUAGACUCAUGGAUGGCGGAAGUUCGCGGGAAAAUGAUGGACGCUCAAGACCGCGCAGUGCUGCAGCGGCUCCUCGGCGCUUGGCGAACGGGUGCUGUCGAGCAACGCUAUACGAGACAGCAGAAAAGCAGCGAAGGGGAGCUUGCACGGUUGGCCGCAAGCGAAGAGGCAGUAAGAGCACACUCCAGUGCGUUGGUUGCACGCUGGACUAUCUGUAUUCGCAAAUUCUUCGAAAAGAGAUCCGCAGGAGGUCCUUUUGGGAAUAUUAGAGACCACGGCCGCUCCUCGAGCUCGACGACUCUCGAUCUCCCUAAUUUGACAAGAAACCUGCAACCGGUAAAGGUAAACGAGACAACAGUCUUUGCUCACUGGCACCAACAAGCACAGCAACAGAUUCGCGAGAGUAGACUUCACCAUCUUCAUACCGUCAUUGCAACGCGGAAUGCUGAGGGUUUGGAACACGCUGCGUUGCGUGACGCGUGGUUCCGCUGGUCGGUUUCGGUGCUCCAUGGCAAGUUCAACCGCGAAAAAGUUGGCAAGCUCCGAUGUUUAGAGGCGUGCCAGGCAGCUGACUCACGCGAACUACGAGCUCACCGCCUUGGUCAGCUCUUCUUCACUUGGAAGCUCGUUGUUUUGACCUGGCAUCGCGCAUGCGAAAGACUGCGUUCCGCAUCGCAGCGUCGCGAAAACGUUCAACUCAACACACGAUCUUUUUUUGCAGCCUGGCACAGAGUGGUCAUGAAUGCACGAAUGGACUGCCAGACGCGACGCAUUCGACGCCAUGGCAGCAGCAUUUUGCAGAUUGGUGCGGCGUUCACUUGCGCUCACCGUGGGGCAGCCCUGCACCACGUUUUCCAUGCAUGGAGUAACGGACACUACCGCCUCAAAGUCCAAAUGACAGUGGCAGAAAAUCGCUUUUUACGUCUGCGAAAGCAAAAAGUCCUGGCUUGCACCUUCCACGGAUGGAAAUUUUCUGUCCUGGGGCGCGCGGUCCUUGAAGAGCGCACGCGGGCGAGCUUAGACAAAGCUAGCACCGCCACCGUGUUGUGCAAUCUUGCAGGAGCAAGUCGCAAUCGCGCCUUGGCGGAGCUUGCGCUGCGUUCACUGGGCCUGUACACAGCUUCUCAAAAAAGGCAGCGGCUGUGUCAACAGGUGAUUCUCCGCUCUGCUGAGAGUGCGGAAAACCAGACGGGUAUGCACACGCUUCUCGCGGCGUUUCAAGCGUGGAAGCAGCUACAACGUUUCGCUCGCAUGCAUUCGUGCGCCGGACACGCUCUCGAAGCUCUCAACACCAAGUUCUAUAAACGCCGCGUGAUUACAGCAUGGGCAGUGAAAGUAGCUUCGGGCAAGGCGACUGCUGAAAAUCACGAAAAAGCAAAUGCUAGCGCAGCCCUCAUGCUCAGAAAGAAGCUCCUGCACACUUCUCUUCUGCGUUGGUCAGCUGUCAUUGCGCUGCGCACUGAGCGCCGGCGUCGGCACGGCCUUCUUCACCGUCUCAACUCGGUUUACCUGACGCCUGAGCGAGAGAUCCGUUGCAAGGUGGAUGUUGUCCGUGCUUGGGCUCGGACGGCGCGGGUUCGCGCUUCGAUGCGGUCGAAGUUACGACAUAUGCGACGCGAGCGAGCACGUUCUCUUUUCGGCGUCUGGCGAGCCGUCACCCGCAGUUCACACGUCGCGGACUGUCUUCACGAGGCCACCAAGAACUGUCGCUCACAACUAGCCAACGUUUCAACCUCAACGCCUGCCGUACAUAGUAUCUUGUUGUUGCGCGAGGAUACUCCUGAUGUCGCAAACACGAGCAGCCGCUACGAGAUGAUUUCGCGGAACAGUCGCCGAGCAACAUCCCAACGAAAUACAACAAUAGACCAUGAGCAUGAGGUUCGUGUUGACGUCAAACUUUCUCCGCGGGUGAGCACUUCCUCCUCCUCCUCCUCCUUCAAACUUGCAAAGAAAUAUGGAGAGCAGAGCUGGGAUGUUGAUAGUGACAACGACAUGUCCGUAUCAUUACGAUUCUAG